AUGCAGAACUCAAGCCUCUUUCAACCGGGCACAGACUUCCUUUUACUCCUUCCCUUUGCGCUCUCGCCGCCUCCUCACGAGGAGAAGCGGAGGCACCGGCGGCCUGGGGCAACGAGAAGCCGGUCCACUGAGGCCGUGCGCAAAGUUUCUUUCCGGGAAAACAGAACGGGGCCCGGCGGGUUGUCCCUGCGCCUCACCACUUUGCUUGCCUUUCGCGGCCACCGGCUCAUCGGGAAUGACAGGGGCCCCAACCGGACCGCGGCGGCUUUGGGCCGUUCGGCGAGGUUCGUGGACUGUAUGAUCUGGGGACAGCCCCCUUCCUUACUCCGGGGCCAGUGGGUUCGCCCUGCCCCUGGACGCGCGCGAAGGCCGAGUAGCCAGCAAUUGUCCCAAACGGCGGGUGCGCGUCCCUGCGCGCCGUGUGUUCGUUUUGCAGAGCCAGCCUUCGGGGAGGUGAACCAGCUGGGAGGUGUGUUUGUGAACGGGAGGCCGCUGCCCAACGCCAUCAGGCUUCGCAUCGUGGAACUGGCCCAACUGGGCAUCCGACCGUGUGACAUCAGCCGCCAGCUCCGAGUCUCGCACGGCUGCGUCAGCAAGAUCCUGGCGCGCUACAACGAGACAGGCUCGAUCUUGCCAGGGGCCAUCGGGGGCAGCAAGCCUCGGGUCACCACCCCCACCGUGGUAAAACACAUCCGGACCUACAAGCAGAGGGACCCCGGCAUCUUCGCCUGGGAGAUUCGGGACCGCCUGUUGGCAGACGGCGUGUGCGACAAGUACAACGUGCCCUCGGUGAGCUCCAUCAGCCGCAUCCUGCGUAAUAAGAUCGGCAACCUAGCCCAGCAGGGCCACUACGACUCGUACAAGCAGCACCAGCCCGCGCCGCAGCCCGCGCUGCCCUACAACCACAUCUACUCGUACCCCAGCCCUAUCACGGCCGCCGCCAAGGUACCCACGCCGCCGGGGGUGCCCGCUAUCCCCGGCUCAGUGGCCAUGCCGCGCACCUGGCCCUCCUCUCACUCCGUCACCGACAUCCUGGGCAUCCGCUCCAUCACCGACCAAGGCGUGAGCGACAGCUCCCCCUACCACAGCCCCAAGGUGGAGGAGUGGAGCAGCCUGGGCCGCAACAACUUCCCGGCCGCCUCGCCGCACGCCGUCAACGGGCUGGAGAAGGGAGCGCUGGAGCAGGAAGCCAAGUACGGGCAGGCACCAAAUGGCCUCCCAGCGGUGAGCAGUUUUGUGUCAGCGUCCAGCAUGGCUCCUUACCCUACCCCAGCCCAAGUGUCGCCUUAUAUGACCUACAGCGCUGCUCCUUCUGGUUAUGUUGCUGGACACGGGUGGCAACAUGCCGGCAGCACCCCGCUUUCCCCCCACAACUGUGACAUUCCUGCAUCGCUGGCGUUCAAGGGAAUGCAGGCAGCCAGAGAAGGUAGUCACUCUGUCGCAGCCUCUGCACUCUGA